AUGCCCUAUUCCCUGGUAUACGACCAAGAAGCAGUGCUACAUGCAGAGAUACAGACGGUCUCCGCUCAUUUAGCCUUCGAGAUGGGAAAGAGAUUCAAAACAGAAGACAUGGAUCAGCUCCUCGAYGAAAMACUAGAAGGUAUUGACAAGGAAAGGGAAAAGUUGUUACAAAAACAAAUCAAGUACAAACAAGCCUUAGCCGCAAACUUUAACAGACUAGUGAAGCCCGGAAAAUUUAGAACAGGAGACAAAUUCCUUAAGACAUCACUCCAUGUUAGGCAAGGCAAAUCUGUUGGGAUAUUUGCUCCUACUUGGGAUGGACCAUACAUGAUCAAGGAAGCUCACCCGUCUGGCUAUUAUGCGCUAAAACCACAGACACUAGGGAGGAGGAUGAGAGAUGGAGAAUGGCAACUAGUUGAAGCCUUAUUUUGA